GUUGUCUUCUGUCAACGGAGUUUUUCAGAAUUACAAAGUUUGUUUAUUUUUGUGGAUGUGUUGAUUGUGUAUUUGUGUGUCGUCGUUGAGUUAUAUUUCAAUAUUUCAGAUUCAACUUAUUUUAUGAAAUUUAUCAGAUAAAUAUCCAUUUCUAAAUCUGAAAUAUGGCAGAUAAGCCCAUGUUGUGGAAUAGAAAACCAGACCAGGUUCAAUCAAGUUUAAGGCCACCAAAAGUUGCCCCAAACAAAGUUUUAAACAGUUCUUCACAUUCGAAUCCUCACUCAGAAACAAAAGUGGAUAUCAAUGAAACUGUUACAGAGGAUAAUUCGAAUUUUUCAUUAGAGAAAAACGUCACUGUUGAAGAAUUGGUUGCGAAUUCAAAAUUAAAAGUAGAAGCUCCAGAAUGGUUCCCUUCCGGACAUACUUAUGUACCAAACAACAGAAUCGAGAAGCUUGCUAGCAGCGUACAAAAUCGAUUGAAAAUAAAUAAAACGAAUGAGAGCAAUGAUUUCGAAUAUGCCACUGUUUUGCAAAAUAUGGAAGCAAUUGAAAACUCAUCAGAUUUCUGGAGAUUGAAACAACUAAUAAACACGCUAACGAAGGACCCGGGUCAGUUCGACGAUUUGUUAGAAUUAUUCCUGGAAACUCUUGCACCAUAUUUUGACGAUAUCAUAGCUUUAUCAACGAUAGUAAAAAUUUUACUUGAACAGGCAAUCAACGAUGCCAACUUCAGGUACACGGGAGCCCGGUUAUGUUGGUAUAUAGAACAGAAUUGUCCACAAUUUAGAGCGGAACUACAUAUGGGCUGCAAGAAGCAACUCGAAAUCAACAGUAAUACCCAGAAUGUUCUCUUAUUCAUUGCAGAACUUUUUACUCAGCUACCCCAUCACAAUGUGUAUGGAGCAUUACUUAUAGAUUCUUUCAGAAAUUUAUUCGCCAAUGGAGGCGAUGACAACAUAAAGUGCAUUUGUCAAGCACUAAAGUUAACAGGGUAUACUUUAGAACAAAGUAAUAAGCCUGAUUUGGAUGCAGUUUUUGACAAGCUGAAGUCUCUAAAAGGCACUGUAAGAGGCUCAGCAUCCACACUUCUAGAUACUGUUUUUAAUUUAAGAUCAUCCAAUUGGGGACAUUCGAGUGAUGUAUCCGAAAAUGAUCAAGAAUUUGACGGUUUUGUUUAUGAUGGGGAACAAACUACAGUAUUUUUCAAUGCAGAGGGUGAAGCACUUACACAUGAAGAAAGUGAGUUCAUAGCAGCUCAUAUGCAAUCUAAUGAUGACAUUUUGAGCGACCCUUCUGAUCUGGAUGAACUGUACGAUCCCGAAGAUGAAAUGGACGAGGAGAUUCAAGAAGCUUUUAGAGAGUUUGUCAAAUUUAGUAGUAGUAAAAACUAAUUUAAGAACUUGUGUUGGUUGAAUCAUUUCUUGUAGUAGGUACAAUGUUCAGGAUUUUCAGUAGACUAACUGAGAUUUUGGUUUAAAAUCAAUGAGCGUCUAGUGUAAAAUGCAAAUGAGCUUCAAGGAUUGAUUUAUUGGAAUGUUGACUAGUCGAUAGAGUGUUGAAAGUUUUAUAAAUCAAUGUAAAAUUAAGUAGUUAUAGAUCGAAAUUAUAAUAGUUUUGAAUCAAAUUCAUUAAUGAUUUCAAUUUCUCUCAAUAUUUUAUUCGAAGGAUAGAAGCACAUUUCACAUUUAUAAAAUGGAAGGAUAUUCAACAGAAAAGAUCUCAUGAAUUUAUUUAUUUAUUUAUAGAAUAUAUUUUCCAAAAUGUUGCAAUGCGAUGUUGUGGUUGGAAGCAGAGCAUAAGUUAUACUUUAACUUUGCUCAGUCAUCACUAGUUUGGAUAAAAUUCAUUUCCAGUAUGAGAAAAUCAUGUGCUUGAAAAUUUAAUUUUUUAGGAAAAUAUCAAUAGAGUUUCUAGUAUUUAUGAAAAAUAUUGAGCACAAAUAUUUUCAAUGGUGAAAUGUAUCUAUGUUAUAUAAUUUGUAUUUUUUUUUGAAAGUUUCCAUGUUUGUUGUCAUUUUAUAUAUCUGAUGUUUUUAAUUUAUUCCUAACGCGAGAUGGUGAAAAAGAACCAGUUAGUAAAUUGUUAUGAAUCAUGUAAGCGCAAGUGAAUAUAUUCAUAUGUAGAUUUAUUUUAUUUUUAUUUUUUAAAUUAAGGACCAGUGGGCAACAUCUAGGUUUUACAACUCUAACAUUGUUGUUCAUUGGAAUCAUUGAAUAUUGAUUGCCAUAUUAUGAAACUAUACACACAAAUAAUCCAGAAUUGGUUAUUUUGAAUAAUGUUAACAUUCAUGGAUAGAGAUAACUCCGGAGUUUCGGGAGUUUUUUGGCCGUGAUUUUCUUGUUUUGAUGCCUUACGUUUCGUCUAUACAUGCGGGAUAUAUCAAAGGCUACAAGGUAAUGGUCACUUCUAUCGUAUAUUACCGAGACCGGCACCCUCAACCAUGUAGUGUGCGCUGUGGAUCGACUAGAGCACUGUGUCCAUUGCUUCGCCUUUAAUAUCUGCCGCAGUUCUAGAUAAAACGUUGAGCAUGAAAAAUCUGCAGGCAACAGAUAACAUACCUGUAAAAUAGAUGAUGUUCAAUGAACGUAACUAAUAGUUUAUAUUCUGGAAAAUGCAGAGCUUUCCAAAAGAUCCGAAAAUUGCUAACAAAUGCAAUGCCGAAACAAUGAACCAACAAACAUAUUUAUAUGUUAGUGACGUCAAAUAUCCAACUUAUUUCUUGGUUUUCUCUUAGUUUUGCGGUGAUCUUAGCAUCAGCUUGUAACUAAGGUCCUUCCUGUUUGAACUUGAUUCAAUGAAGGUGCAUAUGAAUCACCUUCUUCAGAAGUGCAUAUGAGGUGCCCAAGAUCUGGUAAAAAUGCCAAUCUCCUGCCCUCGUAUGCCCCUCUCUGUAAUAUAUUUAUUAUUCUGAAUCCCACCGAGAAGUAUGUGUUUGUGGAGUUGCUUCCGGACUUUGUCAACGUGGCAACGUUGGCAACGUGGCCUGUCUACUUUGUCAACUGCAGGCAAACUUCAUGAUUAGUUGGAAAGAAAUUUGUUUGUUGUGGAUAUUUAGGUAGUUCGUUCCAUCUGAAUUGACACACUGGGUACUGAUGAGGAGCUAGUACUCCGGAACUGAUCUGUCGGUGGUCAUCCCAACCAAGUAAAAUUAAUUUUAAAAUGUAAGGAAGUCAUUUGCAAUGAAUCCUCUAAACGGAAGAUGUUGCACACGUGUCUGAUGGUUUCACUUCAACUUUCUGCUCGGUGUUAGCUGGAUUAGUUGUUGCAAAGCUAAGCUUGACAUUGAAUGUCAACCAAAUUUGUCCUGUCUUUUACUGCAAUUUUCAUUGCAACUAGAUGAAAACCAGAAUCCAAAUACAACGCAUUUAUGAUUCAAUACCAGACAGUACUGUUUCAACCUGUCAUAGGUAUCAUCAGUGGUGCUAGGCUGAACCACAAAUGGCUUCUUCGCCAUCAAAAUAGCGCUGCCUGGUGUUGAUUCAUAAAUGUGUUGUGUUUGGGGUCUGGUUAUUAUUGUGAAAUUUGGUAACAGGAUAUGUAAAUAAAUCAAAAGUCGCAUGGUUUCAACUCUUACAAAUCUACUAAUAUUAUGGUAUAUUUUACAUCGCAACAUAAUUCAGGACGAUUGAAUUGGGAAAAAUAUUUUGAAAGAUUGUGGUUAACACCCUUAACGUUAAAGAUUUUUGUAAAUAGUCUUGAUUCAAAGAAUAAAUGUGAAAGUAUCUUAAUCGACGGUAAUAAAUUAUUUAUUUCAAUAAAACGGUAUUCUUGUAAGGGCCGGUACUUUGUGUCUUUUGAAACCUUUAUUAGUAAAUCAGAGCCACUAAAUUGUGUUUGAAGUAAUCAUGAUUUUCCAAAGUCCGAACUUUGUGACUUAUUAAUAAUCAUUGAUAACAUAAGAUCAAACUAUUGUAUGGUUAUAAUUUGGUUCUCUCUAAGUAUUGUUGUAUGACAAUAGAUUUUAUAAAAUUGCAAAGAACGGGUACAAUUAAAGUUCUAGUUGAUCACUUCAAUAAUUUGUAUGACUCGGAGUUUUUCAUAUCCCACUAAUAGAAAUUUUCUGCACUGAACUACUCCUAGUCUAUGAACUGGUUAGGCAAAUCAGACAAAAUACUGGUUGACAACCGAAUAUAUUUGCUUGACAAUCAUUAUAUCAGUCUGUUAUAUCGUUAAAUUAGACAGAUUCACCCCUACUCGUGAAUAUUAAAUCAUUUUUGAUCAAGCAUCGAAGUUCUUGAAUUCUUGAUGGAAAAAUAAUCAUUGAUAAAUUUGAUUUUCUGAUUUAAUUGAAUCGUAAAGUAUAGGCCCCAAAACUAUUGAAAUCAAAAUCUGGCUAGUCUGCUUGAUGAAAUGAGUUGUAUAUAGAAUUGAAUUUGCUGUCAAUAUUGUUUUGUAUGCUGUGACUUUUUUUUACUGAAUAAAUAGAAAUUUGAGAGUAAA